CUAUAAUACUUUUUUAUAGUUUUAUUUUUUUGUUUAGAAUUUUCAUGCUUAUUUUAUAACUAAUUUUUCUUUUCUAAUUUCAAUUAUUGAUAUCUAUGAUAUGAUAUGAAUAUUAAAUUUCAGUUAGAAUUAUUUGGUUUGGUUAAUCUUGUUUCAGUGUUGGAGUUCCUCGCUUGUGUUCCUCUUCUUCACAGGCUUCCUUCAUCGUCUUUAAAGAAUUUAUCUCAACUUUUGAUUGUUAAAAGCUAUGAGAAGGGAGAGUAUGUUGCUCACAAGGGAGAGCCCGGAGAAGGUCUUUACAUCAUUUGGGAAGGAGAAUUUCUUGGUUUGCAGGCUGAGGUUAUUAGACCUGAUUUCGCCGAUGACGAAAACGAUCUAGAUUUUAGGCUUAAAAGAUAUGAUUAUUUUGGAUCUGGUAUUGCUGGAUUAUCAAAUGCAGUUCACCAUGCUGAUGUCGUAGCUUUGACUAAGCUAUCAUGUCUAGUGCUUCCCCGCGAACACUCGGCACUUUUGCUGGCAAAGUCUAUUGGUAGUGCAGAAAAAUCUCAUGAGACAUGCUCACUUGUAGAGCGUAUAUUGCAUUUGGAACCAAUAAUGGUAGAUAUUUUUCAAGAAAUAACCCCUUCAUAUGCUCAAAAGUAUGGGAACGUGUUCGGGGGACAGUUAGUUGGACAGGCACUGGCUGCAGCAUCAAAGUCUGUUGAUCGUCUAAAAGUUGCUCAUAGCUUGCAUGCGUAUUUUCUUCGUGCAGGGGAUUCUAAAAUACCAAUUCAAUAUAAAGUUAAGCGUCUGCGUGAUGGGAGGAGUUUUGCUACGAGGAAAGUUAAUGCCAUUCAAAAGGAGAAGGUCAUAUUCACUUUGCUGGCUUCUUUUCAGACUGAGGAAUUUGGGUUUCAACACCAGGAAGUGUCUAUGCCAUCAGUCCCUACUCCAGAUGAGCUUUUAUCAAUGGAAGAGUUAAGAGAGCAACGUCUUACUGAUCCUCGUCUUCCAAGAACUUACCGCAACAAAGUUGCUACAGCUGAAUUCAUUCCCUGGCCGAUAGAGAUACGAUUCUGUGAACCUAGACCUGCUACAAAUCAGACCAAGACUCCUCCUAGUUUGAGAUACUGGUUUAGAUCAAAGGGAAAGUUGUCAGAUGAUCAGGCCUUGCAUAGAUGUGUGGCUGCAUUUACUUCUGAUCUAAUAUUUCUUAAUGUAAGUAUGAAUCCUCACCGCGGGAGGGGUAUAAAGUUGCGUGCCUUGAGUUUGAACCACUCCAUGUGGUUUCACAGACCUUUUAGAGCUGAUGACUGGGUGCUAUAUGUGAUCUUUAGUCCUACCUCCUUUAAUAUGCGCGGCUUCGUUACAGGCCAAAUGUUCAAUCAGAAGGGAGAGCUUCUUGUUUCAUUGGUUCAAGAAGGCCUGACGAUGAAGUAUAUUCCGGAAAGAUCAGCCGCUAACUCUAAGUUGUGAACUUCUGCCAAAAAAAUAAGUAAAAGACAUGCACUAAUGUUACUGUGAGACUUAGGAAUUUGUUACAUAGGUAUUUGAUGCAUUUAAUCUGUUGUAGGCAUACACCACUAGGUCACGUUGUGAUCUCAGUUGUCACAAUAUAUCCUCAUCACAAUAACAAGCUAGGUGAAACUCAUUAAAUAGAUCCUUGCUCAACAUGCUCUCAAUUCUGUUAAACCUCCUUACAUUUAGAUAAUACUAUUCAUUCUAAACCAGUGAAAAAUCCAACUAUUAUUAUUUUCUGCUCAUGACUAUUCACAACUUUUGACUUGAAAAUGAACUUAAGUUAAUACAAUCUUUGUGUGAUCGAUAUUCUUACUUUUAACACUUCCUACCAGUUUGACAGCGUAUAUUUGCACAUACAAAGAAUCCAUUACUUUUCUUGGCAGUUGCUUUAAGAUAAGGUCAUAACUAGGGAGAAUCUUCGUAUCAAGUGGGUUGUUUUGAAUCAUGCUGGUUGUUCCUGUAGGUUAUGUGUUGGGUCUUUAUAGCCGGCUUCCCACUUGUUUGUCUCUUGUUCUAUCUCUACUUCUUUGUGGUAUAGGAUUUUUCGGUGGCUGAGGAAGAUAGUUGUCUUACCAGGUGAAUUGUAUCUUUGUACGAGCUUUUUACCUCCCUCGGAUACUUGGCUAGGAUUAGAGGUAGUCUUAUCAUGAUUUAACAUUUAGUGGUGUGGACUCUUUGGAAAACCAGAAAAUAUUUAAUCUUUUCAGGAUGCCGAAUAGCGAGGAGGCUUUGGAAGGUAAGUGCAUCUCGCUUGCCUAGAAAUGGUUUCUUGGUAUGUCGUUGAGGUGUGCUUGUUCUUUCUCCUAUAGGGUAGAAGAUCCUAUUCUUUGCAUGAGCCAAUAGCGCUUCGAGUGUGUCUUCCGGUUCCCUUGAGGUGUGGUCCUAAGCUGGAUGCGGAGACUCCUGUUUUGUUGAUAGUGGUUUGUUUUUCUGAGAUCUAACCUGAUUCUUCUACUGGUAGCUUUGGUUGUUAUUGUUACUAUAUUUGUCCUUUUUCUUUUUAUAUGUUUAUUUAUUUUAUUUUCUCUAGCCUUGUACUUGUUGAUGAGCUUGUAGUGCACAUCUUGUGCCUUUAUAACUACACUUUUUAAUUGUAUUUGUUUUUGUCUUUCUAUUACUAUAAUUUAUUUGUCAUUAAAAAAAAUGGUGUGUUAAUCAUGGAGAAAUGAUGUAUUUUUUAUCAACUCAAUUUUACUGUUUUAUAUAAUAUAAGGUAUGUUGAAAAAAAAAUUCUUAUAAGAAAUAGUUCGCAAAUAAAUAUACAAUAUUCUUACUUUAUAUACGUUUCAAAUGAUUGUAUAAUUAUAAAGGUAUUAGAGUAAAUUUUUUUAGUGUAAUAGUCUCGUGAUUAUAAUUUAUCUCUUAAAAGGUGAAUAAGAUGUUAUGAACUCGAAUUCAUAUCCUUUUAAGUGAAUAUUUUUGCAGAUCCACUAAAUGAACUGUUUUUAAAGACGUAUCAAAAUAAUGUAGUGUUUCAGUAAAAUUAAAAUCCAGACAUUCAAAAUUAGAGUACUUUCAAAUUCAAAUCUAAUGUUAAAACCCAUCUGUUUCUAAAAGUUUGUAGUAUGUCAUGCAUUUAGAGCACUCCCAAUUUCCAACUCUACUAUUAUCUUCAUACUAAUCUUCAAAUUCAGUGAACCUAACAUUUGAAGUGGCACAGAGUAGUAGAUGGACGGUGAGGAUUUUGUUGGAAUUGAAGAAAAAAAGAAAAAUUUUGAUGGAAAAAAAUUGAUGCAUUAAGAUUAGUCUCUAUAAAAAAACAAAAAAUCAAUAAUUUACUUAAUUUUAUUAUAUUAAUAUAAAUUAACUAAAAAUUUAAUUUUAUUAAGAAAAUUAAAAUGUAACCGUUUAAUGAAUAAAAGUAACAUUUAUAAAAUAUACAUAUUUAAUAAAUAUUUUAUUAUAAAUACACAUUGUCAACCAUAUUUAUUCAUAUCUAUAAUAAUUUUAUUUAUAUUUUAAAUUAUUAAAAAAAUGUUGUUGUUUAUAGACAUAAUCCG